AACACACUUGAGGACAGUGCUAGUCGAGGGUGAUUUUUUUACCAAGUGUGAGGAGUUCAUCUAUCAGACUCCUCAGUGUGUUACUUAUUGGUUUAGCUAGCCAGUCUUUAGUCUAGUUUAUAUCAGUGAUCUUUGAGGUAGCUGUAAAUUUUAGUUAAAACCAAAUAAAAACUAUGGCUGAUGAUGAUGAUGCAGCGUGGGAUUUUGAAGAUGUUCCUGCUGAAGAGCCACCACCAGAAGCUGCAGGUGAAGAGGGAGGAGGAGCUCCUGCAGAAAAGAAGGAGGAAAAACCAAAAUUGGAUUAUUCCAAAUUUGAGAAAGCUCCAAAACCUAAAUACACUCUCCAUUGGGUCCGUCCAUUAUUUUUAAACUACCGUCGUCUGUAUGAUUAUAGGCAAUUCUAUUACAAUGAUGUGAUUGAUUGGUUAAACCAAAGAAACCGAGGGAUCUACAGAGAUAUGCCAAAUAUGGAAGAGUGGUCUGAAAGAAUGUUCAGAAUGUACGAUGUGAAAAACAUUAAUAGGAGUUAUAAACAGUCAGCAGAUAUGCGAUGGAUUACUGGAUACAGGACCGAGCCCCGACACUACAGCUAUCAUACUAGAGCAUAUUACAGUCUUAAAUAUCAACCAAUUCUCUGAAAGUUUAACUGAAAAUAUGAAUAUUUCGUUUAUAUUUAUUUUGUCCUACUUUUUUUAACCUUUUUCCUUAUUUAUUAUAUUUAUUAUAAUAACGAUUAUCAUUAUUAUUAUUAUUAUCAAUAAUACUAAUUAAAUAUGACCAUUGUUGCAAUUACUUCAAACGAAUAACAUAAUUAUGAGAAGAAUACAUGAAAUAUAAAUACAAAAUAGAAAUAAGCAAAUGUUUAAUGCAAAAAGUAAAAAUCACACACAUUGAACGAGUAUAAUAUCAACACUUUAAUGUAGCAAUUAAUUAACUGAUACACGAAUGGUUCAUUUGUAUCCAUAAUAAAUAUCUAUGAAUAAUCAUUA